AUGGACAGAUACUGGAUUUUUUCCCUUGGGUCUUCCAUAUUUCUGCUUUGCUAUUGUGGGCAGUUCCUCUCACUGCUCAGAGUGGGGAAAGCUGAGACUUCAGGAGAGGAUGACCACAGUCUCCCCAACUCUCCCAAAAGAAAAUCAGAAAGUGAGGAAGACAUAAAUACAUUCCUGAAAGAGUAUGAAAAGACGGCUUUAAUUGUGUGGCAUGAGUAUGUGGAGGCUGCCUGGAAUUACAAUACCAACAUCACUCUGUAUAACCGUCAGCAAAUGCUGGAAAAGAACUUCCUGAUGGCUCAACAUACAUUAUAUUAUGGCACAAAGGCUCACCAAUUUAAUACCACCAACUUCACUGACCCACUACUGAAGCGCAUCCUUUGGAAGCUGAAGGAAAUGGAGAGGGCCAUCCUUCCCCAGGAUGACCUUAUGGAGUACAAUCAACUUCUAACAAAUAUGGAGACAAUCUACAGCAUGGGUGAUGUGUGCUCAGAAGAGGGACCUUGCAUGUUCCUGGAGCCUGACCUUCUAAAGGUGAUGGCCUCCUCCAGGAACUAUAAUGAACUACUCCAGGCUUGGCAAGGUUGGAGGGACACUGUGGGCCAGCAGCUCCGCCCCAUCUACACUCGGUUUGUGGAACUCAGCAACAAGGCUGCCAGGCUCAAUGGUCACACAGAUACAGGGGCCUCCUGGAGACAGAUAUAUGAGUCACCCACCUUGGAACAAGACCUUGAGCAGCUCUUUCAGCAACUAGAACCACUCUAUCUAAACCUGCAUGCUUAUGUGCGCCGAGCUCUUUACCAUUACUAUGGGUCUCAAUACAUUAACCUAAAGGGAUCCAUUCCUGCCCACCUACUGGGGAAUAUGUGGGGUCAGUCCUGGAUCAACAUCAUUGACCUAGUCAUACCCUUUCCUCUAUCCACCAGAAUGAACGUCACCAUGCUCAUGAAGAGCCAACACUGGACACCCUAUAAGAUGUUUGAGGAGGCUGACAAAUUCUUCCAGUCUCUGGGGCUGUUCCCUGUUCUCCCUGAAUUCUGGGCCAAAUCAAUGUUGGAGAAGCCAGGGGAUGGAAGAGCUGUGUCGUGUCAAGCUUCUGCCUGGGACUUCUACAAUGGAAAGGACUUCAGGAUAAAGCAGUGUACUGGGGUGAAUAUGGAAGAUCUGAUAUCCGUCUUCCAUGAGAUGGGCCAUAUCCAAUACUUCAUGCAGUAUAAGAAUCUGCCCUUGCCACUCCGAGAUGGGGCCAACCCAGGCUUCCAUGAGGCCAUAGGGGAUGUGGCGGCCCUCUCUGUCUCCACUCCCAAGUACCUUCACAACUCAGACCUGCUGAUCACUGAAGUAGAGGACUAUGAAAGCGAAAUCAACUUCCUCAUGAGCAUAGCAUUGGAAAAGAUUGCCUUCAUCCCCUUCAGCUAUCUGGUGGACCAGUUUCGAUGGAAGGUCUUUGAUGGUCGCAUCAGCCAGCAAUUUUACAAUAAGGAAUGGUGGAACCUAAGGUUGAAAUAUCAGGGACUGUGCCCACCAGUGCCAAGGUCAGAGGAAGACUUUGACCCAGGUUCUAAGUUCCAUAUUGCUGGCAAUGUGCCUUAUAUCAGGUAUUUUAUCAGCUUUGUGAUCCAGUUCCAAUUUCAUGAGGCCCUGUGCCAAGCUGCAGGCCACAAAGGCCCCCUACACACAUGUAAUAUCUACAGCUCCCAAGAAGCUGGAAAACUCCUAGGGGAUGUCAUGAAACUUGGAUUCAGUAAGCCAUGGCCAGAAGCAAUGAAGAUGAUUACUGGACAAUAUAACAUGUCAGCAAAACCUCUCAUGGAGUACUUUAAGCCCCUGCUUGACUGGCUCAUUGCAGAGAAUGUUCGUAAUGAAGAAGUCCUGGGCUGGCCUGAAUUUGGUUGCUUCGUCUCUGAUGAUGUGGAAAAAAAAGUGAGAAUCCUGCCUCCGAGUUUGAACUCCACUGACAUGGUUGCUGGGCAGUGGCUGCUGCUGGCCAUGUGUCUACUACUCAUGUUGCUCAUAGCAAGUCUACUCUAUAAGGCCGUAGCCGAGCAAUACAGGAUGCCUGACCCCGACAAGGAAGGCACAUUUCCUGGGGUCCCCGUGAAAAUCCAGCAUGCUGUCAGGAGCCAGUACCUGCUUUUCAUCCUGAGCCCCGCCCAUGAGCCUGCCCCUUCUCGUGCUCAAGCUCCUCCUUUCAGCACCAUGAUAGGGACAGCUCCCGGGGUCGUGGCAACCUCUGCCUUCAGUCUCUUCAGAAGCAAAGUGGGGCUACCCGGGCAGGACCUCAGGGAAGCUACUGUUGGUGGAGGUUAA